AAACAACAUAAUAGGAUCUUACCGACGCAGAGAAGAAAGUACUCUGCAACCUUACCAAAGUAAACCAAAACAACUGCGAUCCUAACAUUUUAUAGUACUAACAAGCCAUUAUUAUUAUUGUCUAUCAUUAUCCACUAUACAUUAUUAUCCCGUACAGCAACCAAUAUACGUUAUUUCUGAUUGCAUUGUCUUUUGAUCCUAACACGAGAUAAAAAGAAUCAUACCUAUCCAUACCACCACACUCACCACUAAAGUAACUUCCAACAGUUCAUAUUAUUGAUCAUCAAUAGUUUAACUUCAUCACUUGAUAUAUUACACUCAAUCAUGACAGCCAUCACCUCCUCCACUAACCUCUCCUUGCAACAACAAGAAGAACAACAUAUUCAACAACCAACUGAAGUUGACAAGUCUUCAUCACCAACCAACAGCAAGACAACAAAAACAAAAAAGCCUAGAACAAAGGUGAAAUACAAUUCCAAUGGUUCUUCAACAACUUCUUUCAAAUUAGACAAGGAGUGUGUGAAUACAACGACAACAUCUACAACAACCACAACAGCAACCAACAAGAAAAAGAGGAGUCCAAAAUCCAAAAUUACCUUUGUUGAUGAAAGUGAAGCUGGUAAUGAAUCCGAUCAUCAGAAACAACAAGAAUGUACAGCCAAUGCAAAUUCAUCAAAACCAGCCUCUAAUUUUAAUGGAGCACCUCGUACAGUCAAUAAGAGGUUAUGCAAGUUGAGAAAACAACUCAAAAGUUGUGAUCAUUUCACAGAUAAUUACUUUGUGAUUGAUCUUAAUAACAAGGGUGGUCAAAAAACCAGUACUCCACAAGUUGUCUCCUUCAAGAGUCCAACAGAGCAUUUCAUACUUCACGAAGAUGAGGAAGAUGCAACUCAUAGUGAAGAUGACUCUUCAAUCAAUUCAACUGAUGGAUCAUCAGAUGAAAAGACAAACAAGAGAAAGAGAAAAGAAAACAAAUCAUCAUCAAAGAAACAGAAACAAGAUAACAACAACACUACAAUUACAAAUCAAACAAAUACUGCCCAACCAAAUCAAUGCAACAAUACUUAUAUUCCUCCAGAAUUGAAACCUGCUGAUAAUAUUAUGGCAAGUCAAUUACUCAACUCCCUUGUAGAUACUAUGAAUACCCUUUCUGCAGAGCUCAAGAAGCAAGAUUCCUCUGUUGUUGCUCAUCUUUUACAACAAUUAUUACAACAAAAUGGUAGUGAACUUUUUAAGCAAAUGCAACAGCAAAUCAUUGCUCAAUUCCAAACUGAAUUCCAAAACCUUAUGAGCCAGGCAAUUACACAGCAGAUGGCUCACAAUAAUCAAAUGUUUACCACUCCAUUCUUCCCUAAUGAUCCAAUGUUAUCAACAAAUGACAUUAUACCACAAGAUUCAAUGAGCACUGAACAAGAAUUUUAUGAAUUAUUGAACGACUCUGCCCAAAACUCUCAAUACUUGUCGAGGUGGAAUCAUAUUGAUGUGAGACCAACAAGUCCACUCACUCUUGAAAAACCAGCAACAGAAUAUAAUAAUCAACAACAAGAUACAAGCGACAAACAAUCAUUCCUUUUAGAACAAGGUGACUGUGCUUUUGAUUCAUUAUUUUCAUCGAAUGACCUGUAAAAUAAAGCUUCAAAUAAUUACAGUAAU